AUGCAACAUCACGUACAUCUGUCCACUUCAAAAUAUCAACUAAAAAGAGUAAUACUGCGAUGCUUUCACGAUCGUUGCGCCGUUCCACGAGUUGUCGACGAUCCAGAAGGGAAAAUGCAUCCAAUAACAGAUGCCGGAUAUAGAUACCGUUACCAUCGACCAGGUAUUGACCCUUUGCCACGGCUAGCGAACUGCAAGGUACCAGUACAUAAACCUGAUUAUAAAGUACGCGAUUGCUGGUCUACAGCACAAGCGAGGUUUGGUGAGAAUGACUAUAUUGACUUAUUGGGUGAUGGAAAUAUCCAUCCAGCGCAGUUACAGUAUCAUGUCCCAGCUUGGCUUCGUGGCUUUCCAGGUCAACAUCGAGCCAAUGAAUUGGUGAAACUGAUUCAUUUCCGGAAUUUGUAUAAGGAGAAAAUGCAAAUCAAUUCACCUCGACGGUGGUAUGAUUUGCAGAAAAGAAUCAAAUAUUUGCUUCAGAAACAUAAUUACUACAAACAGGAUGAAUUGAGAGAUGAGCGAUAUUUAGGAAGUAUGGUGGUUCGAGCAAGUGAUGUAGACAAAAAUUUUUUCACUCCACGCGACUAUCAGGUUGAAUUGCUGGACAAAGCAUGCAAAAGAAAUAUUAUUGUACCCCUCGGGACAGGGUCAGGCAAAACUUUUAUUGCUGUUUUACUAAUCAAGGAGUACACAACCAAACUUGUAACACCAUGGAAAAAUGGUGGCAAGCGGGCUUUCUUUCUGGUCGAUAAAGUUUCUCUAGUUGAACAACAAGCGGCACAUAUAGAACAUCAUACAACACUGACUGUGGGAAGAAUGCAUGGACAUUUGAAUCAGGAUAUUUGGUUAGAACCUGCCAAAUUCGACGCAUUCAUUACGUUACACGAAGUAGAUCCUUGGGUUACGGUACUAACUGCCCAGAUCUUCUUAGACUUACUUGAUCAUGGUUUCUUCAGUAUGUCGAAUGCUGCCGUUAUCAUCUUCGAUGAAUGCCAUCACGUAUUGGGUAGCAAACAUCCAUAUAGAUUAAUCAUGCAUCGAUAUGGACAGCUUACUGAAGCAGAUCGGCCUCGAAUUCUCGGUCUCACAGCAUCUUUGAUCAAUAGCAAAGUACCACCGAAUAGUUUAGAAAAACUUUUGGAAAAAUUGGAAAGGAUCAUGCAUAGCUCUAUUGAAACAGCAAGUGACCUAGUCUCCGUAGAAGUGUCGAGUUAUGUAAUAAAGUGCAUUCAGAUUUCUAAAUAUGGGGCCAGACCGAAAGAAUAUGUCGUAAUGUGUCACGACUUCUUUUGUCGUACAUGCGAAAUUAGCAAAAAAGUUAUCAAUACUUUGGAAGAUUUACGUACCUUUUGCCUGAAAUGUACUGAAUUCCACCCAGAAUUUGAUGUUGAUCCAAGGAAACCUGUUCUUGAAGCAGUGAGUCGAACGAAGUCUGUUUUGGAACAACUAGGGCCGUGGUGUGCAUGGAAGCUGUUCCAACGACAACUGAAAAAACAUUCAGGACAAGGUUUCUUGCCUGAAAAGCAAGUCGUCUUCCUACAAAUGGCACACACAACAAUGCGUUUCACUAAACGUUUGUUGGAUAAUAAAGUGGCUAGCAUACGAUGCUUCAAUGAUAUGAAACCAAUACUGCCAGAUCGCUUAGCAAGACUGUUUGAAAUUUUAAAGUUCUUCAGUCCUUCGAAUAUGGAAAAAGUAGAUCCAGACUUCACAUUUUGUGGUAUCAUCUUCGUGGAGCAGCGUUAUGUCGCUUACACCUUGAUAAGAGCAAUGUCACGGUGGGACAGUGAUAAAUUUGGGUACCUAGUUUCGGACUUCGUCAUCGGGUAUAGCAGUGUCAAUUUUGGUGCAGAGGAAACAAUGGCAUUGCAUAAGAGACAGGAAUUGGUUUUACGUAGAUUCCGUCAGCGCCAUUUGAAUCUAUUAGUUGCGACAAGUGUUCUGGAAGAAGGUGUAGAUGUGAGGCAAUGCAAUGUGGUUAUUCGUUUCGAUCGGCCUACUGAUUACCGUGCUUAUAUACAGUCAAAAGGAAGAGCACGAAAAGAUGGCGCAAGUUAUUUCCUACUGGUCGAAGAAAGAGAUCGUGAACAGUGUUCCUGUGAUUUGAAGGAUUUUUUGCAAAUCGAAAAAAUGUUACUGAAGCGAUAUCGUAACGUGCAUAAUCCACCGGAAUCAAUGAUUUUACCGAACAUAGAAACAACGGAUGAUAUCAUUGCACCAUACAUUGUUGAAAGUACUGGAGCGCGAGUUACCUUAACUACUGCUAUAAGCCUUGUAAACAGAUAUUGCGCCAAACUUCCCAGCGAUAUAUUUACCCGUUUGGUUCCGCAAAAUACAAUAGUGCCAGAAACUGUAGGUGAUCGAGUGAUGUACCGAGCGGAAUUGUUGUUACCAAUCAAUUCACCGAUCAAGGAAACGAUUAAAUUAAAGAAACCAUUAGAGAGCAAGAAGCUUGCACAAAUGGCUGUUGCUUUGGAAGCUUGUAGAAGGUUGCAUAAACGAAAAGAGCUGAAUGAUUAUUUACUUCCGGUUGGUAAAGAUACCAUUAUGCUAACAGCUCUUGAUGAAGAUCCGGAUGAAUUCAUCCCAAAUAUGAAUUAUAAAGUUGGAUCAGCUCGAAGGAGACAAUUAUACGAUAAAAGAAUGGCAAAAGCAUUGCAUAAUGCAAUUCCACGUGUUGGUGAAGAAUGCUACAUCUAUGUUUUAGAAAUGAAUCUCAUCAAAGCAGUAACUGGUGCUGCGAAUCCAAAAAAUCGUCGAAUUAUAAAUCCUCUGGAUACCGAAUUCUGCUUUGGAUUUCUUUCCAAUAAAAAAAUACCGAAAGUGCCAUCGUUUCCAUUAUUUCUGCGUCAAGGUCGUAUGCAAGCGAAUAUUUUCCUUGUCAAAUCGCGUCUUCUUGUUGACACUGAAAUGUUGGAGCUCCUAAAGGCAUUCCAUCAUUAUUUGUUCGACAGUGUUCUCCGACUGGUAAAAGGAGGCCUAGUUUUUGUCCCCGACAAGGCUCCAGUCAAUGUUUUGAUAGUUCCACUUCGACGUGGUAUAGUUUUUUUCUCAUUAGAGAGAAAUAGUGAGACCGGUGAAGUGGAUUUCAAACUAGAUUACGCAUAUGUUCGAAAUGUUGUUUCAUCGAUUGAUGAAUUGCCGCGGAUUCCAACGGAAAUUGAAAGACUGGCUUUCAAAUUCGAUGCAGCUAAAUUUCGGGAUGCUGUUGUUAUGCCAUGGUAUCGGGACCGAGAUCAUCCGUCAUUUUACUGUGUUGCUGAGAUAAUCGAUGCUAAGCCAUCGUCCAAAUUUCCAGACGAGAAGUUUGCAACAUUUAACGACUACUUCAUUCAGAAAUAUGAUAUAGUCAUCUAUGAUCAAGAGCAGCCGCUUCUAGAUGUUGAUUAUACUUCGAGUGUAGGUGAACAUUACUUUUAUAGUCGCUUGAAUCUUUUAAUGCCUCGACAUUGGUCACGUUCAAGAAAUCGGAUUGCCGAAGAAAGAAGCUUAGAAAUUAGCGGAAUGUCGCAGGGACAAAUUUUGGUACCUGAACUUGUUGAUGUGCAUCCGAUUGCUGCCUCUCUAUGGAGCGUUAUUGCAGCCCUUCCAACACUGCUUUAUCGGAUUAAUAGUUUGUUAUUGGCGGACGAGUUGCGUGAAUUGGUAAUGCGUGAAGCAUUUUCUAACCCUAAUUAUACCACUUCUGAUGACGUUUAUUGGAUGCCGUUGGAUUAUCCAACUCCAAUGGAUGAUCUAGAGAUGAGACCAGUGCAAAGAAUUUGUGAUCUGAAAAAGAAGCAGUGCGUUUUCCUUUUUGUGCAUUCUGAUGACUGUGAAAAUCAACAUUAUGCGGAACAGAAAAGUCAAGAAAGUAAUGAUGCGGAGACGAAUUCUAGCGCUGGAAUGGCUGAUUUUGAAAUCGGCGUUUGGGAUCCUGAGCUUGCAAGAGGACUGGAAGAUUUUUCUUUGAAUAAAGGAAAACGUGACGAAAUUAAAGGAUUCGAAGAUGUUGACGUAAGUUAUUGGGGAUUUUACGGGGACACAUUGGGUCUUAUGAUAAAUGGUUCUGCCUUACGACAGCAUGGUGACAUGUCGGAUGAUGACGAUGAAGAUGCCGUUGUGUUGUUCGAUUUCAUAAACAGUGUCCAUGAACGCCUCGGAAAAGAAAGUGGCGAUAUAUUUGCACCACGAGAAAACAUCACAUCAUCUGGUUGGGAUGAUUUGAUUGUAAUAGAAGAAGCGGCACCUAAUGGAAUUAAUAUGCCCUUGUCUGUGAAUAGUGGAGAUUCCCAGAUUGACAGUCGAGGCUUAAUGGCAGAUUUAUCACGGAUGAGUUGGCUUCUGGACAUGCCCAGUGCAGUACCUGUGGUACCAGUAGAUAGUGUAAACCAAAUCGAUGUUGAUGUAAAGAAGCAAACCAUAAAAAAUAGCAACAAUCGACAUUCUUUACUUACUAGAAAGCCUGCACAGUUAUAUCUCGAUUCGUUAGAAAGAUUGGAAGAUUCGGAUCGGGGAUCAUCAAAGUCAAAUCGUCAAGAAGAAUGUAUUGACUUGAUCGAUUUUUGUGAUGAGGUGGACGAAAUUUUAUCUUAUGAACAUAAUGACACGGUACCGUUUGAUUUGAGCUAUUUCAAAGGCUGUUUAUUGGAUACUGAUGUCGAAUUAGAUACUGUUGAAGUGCUAUCACCCACGAAAAUACCAUUGCAUCAGGACGAAAAACUGACGGAUGAAGAGAUGAUAAGAUCAUCAAGCGAUUUAGAAUUAUUUUUGCAAAUAUCACGCGAUGGUGAUGCUACAAAGUUGGCUUGUUCAGCGGUGCAUGCAAAUACAGUUAAUAGAAAGCAAGAAGUAAUUGCUCCAGCCCUCGACUGGAUGACAUUUUCGUUCGAAAAAGAUACCUUCAAUGAUCAUCCAGAUGGUGUCUCACCAUGCACCUUACUGCAGGCCUUGACACUGUCUAAUGCAUCCGAUGGUAUCAAUUUGGAACGUCUGGAGACUGUUGGUGAUUCAUUCUUGAAAUAUGCCGUAACUGAUUACUUAUUUCACACCAAUCCUGAUCAACACGAGGGGAAACUUAGUUUUGCGAGGAGUAAAGAGGUAUCAAAUUGCAAUUUAUAUCGUUUGGGAAAGAAGCAUAAUCUUCCCUCUUUGAUCAUUGGUUCAAAAUUUGAUCCAAAUGAUGGAUGGUUACCUCCUUGUUACGCACCAACAUCAGACUUUAAAGCACCGAAUACAUUGGAUGCAGAAGAACGUGACAAGUUCAUCGAAAAUGUUCUUGAAGGAAAAGCAGUCGAAGGACAGGAACCGGUAAAAGUACCUACAGGUUGGGAUGAGUCUGACAGAAAUAGUCAAGUUCGACGGAUUGCUAAUGGUAUCGAAACUAUUGAAUUUCCAAAGAAUAUGACAACAAGUUGGGAUGGUGAAGAGAUUACACCGUUGCCAUAUAAUCUGUUAACACAACAAAGUUUGGGUGACAAAUCAAUUGCUGAUGCAGUGGAGUCUUUGAUUGGUGCUCAUCUUUUGGAGCUAGGUCCUACAGCAACGUUAAAAUUCAUGAAAUGGUUAGGAUUAAAGGUACUUACUGAGCCAGUACAAACAGAACCACCGCUUUUGCGAUUUAUCGACACAGCUGAGCAGCCAGAUCAGUCGCUGAAGAAGUUGAAUGAUAUGUGGAUCCAAUUUCAAUUUUCGAAACUGGAAGAUUGUAUUGGUUACCGCUUCAGUGACCGAGCAUACCUAUUGCAGGCAUUUACGCAUGCUUCUUAUUAUAAAAACAGGAUAACGGGCUGCUAUCAGCGCUUAGAAUUUCUUGGUGAUGCCGUUCUAGACUACGUUAUCACACGAUUCCUCUACCAACAUUCAGCACAUUAUAGUCCAGGUGUUCUUACGGAUCUUCGUUCAGCGCUUGUUAACAAUACUAUUUUUGCAUCAUUAGCUGUCAAGUACAACUUUCAUAAGCAUUUUAUCGCGAUGUGCCCCAGAUUGCACCAUAUGAUCGAGAAAUUUGUUUGUCUCUGUGCAGAAAAGAAUCUUUCGAGUGCAAAUUUCAAUGAAGAGAUGUACAUGGUUACAACAGAAGAAGAAAUUGAUGAGGGUGAAGAGGAAGAUAUAGAAGUCCCAAAAGCAAUGGGUGAUAUUUUCGAGUCGGUAGCUGGAGCCAUCUAUUUGGAUAGUGGGCGAAGCUUAGAUGUUGUAUGGAGAGUUUUCUAUAACUUAAUGAAAGAAACUAUAGAAGAGUGUUGUAGUAAUCCGCCACGUUCACCGAUUCGUGAACUGCUUGAAAUGGAACCUGAACGGGCUCGAUUUUCGAAAUUGGAGAGGAUACUGGAAACGGGAAAAGUACGUGUAACGGUUGAUAUCCAAGGCAAGUGUCGCUUCACUGGAAUGGGUAGGAGCUAUCGGAUAGCCAAAUGUACGGCAGCCAAACGAGCUCUUCGCUAUUUACGAAGUUUAAAGAAAGAGAAAGAACGAGAGGCUCAAAAGCAAUAA